CCCAGUGAUUUUAGAGAGCAAAAAAAAUGAAACCACCUCUUAAUCUGUUAGGAUCUGGCUAUGUCUUUGCUUACUCUUAACUGCUGCUCCAAGAAACUGAUUGGUAUCACUCAUUUAAACAAGAUUAAGCCUGCUAAUUACUCAAUUAAGGAGUAUAAACUGUGCACAAGGGCCUUUGCAAAGCAGCAGAAAUCAGUUAAAAAACUGCAAAACCAUGGAAUUUCUUUAAAGAAAAGUGGUGGUGAUGAGAGUUCAAGAAAUGAAGAAGAUAGAAUUAGUGAGAAAUCAGUGAUUAUAGCUUCAAGAAAUGCUGUUCUUCAGGCAUGUACUGUCACUUCUGGGUUACUUGCUGCUUUGGGAUUCUUGAUUAGACAGGUAUCACAUGUUGCAUCAGUGGAAGGACUGCCAAUUCUUGAUUGCUCUGCAGAGAUUUCAUUUGGUUUGGAGAAUUGGCAUCUUGAAUUGAUUAUAGGAUUGGUUAUUUUGAUAUCGUCGUCUCGUUACUUGUUGCUGAAGACAUGGCCCGAUUUUGCGGAAUCUUCAGAAGCUGCCAAUCAGCAGGUGCUCACAUCACUUGAACCUUUGGAUUAUGCUGUAGUUUCUUUUUUGCCUGGCAUUAGUGAGGAACUUCUAUUCCGUGGCGCAUUGCUACCGCUUUUCGGAAUGGAUUGGAAGAGCGCCUUAGCAGUUGCUGCUGUAUUCGGCAUUCUGCACUUGGGGAAUGGACGGAACUACUCGUUUGCUAUCUGGGCAACAUUUGUUGGACUUGCUUAUGGCUAUGCCGCCAUUGCAUCAUCAAGCAUCACUGUGCCGAUGGCUUCUCAUGCAUUGAACAAUCUGGUUGGAGGUAUAUUAUGGCGCAGCACAUCGAAGUCUUCGAAGUCAUUAGAGUAGAUAUAUUUAUAUUGUACGAAAACUUGUUAAAUCCUAAAUUUGAUAAAGCGACCAUGUACCUUUUAUUUCCAUUUCUGAAAACGCUUCCGAUACUUCAAAACUUAA